AUGCGAGGCCUCGUUGGGGAAGAUCCUCCACUCUUCCAACCAGUAAACAGAAAAAGCAAUUGUCUCGAGGACUUGCUGGAUUCUCUUUGGCGACAAUCAGUCGACGAUGACGUAGACGAACGGGUGAAUGAGGAAGUUGUGAAUUCUAAUUACUUCCUUGCUCUUAGAAGUGUUUUAGAAGACCGAAAGCGCGAAUUAUGUAAGCCUUCCGUUGUUAUCUACUCUCUUCCAGCUCUCCGGUUUAUGUCAUUCGAAUGGGCGAAGUUGGAAGAUCAGAACAAAUCUCUAAAGAAGAGCACGGAAGAUUGUCUGGAAGCCAUCAGUAACAUCGAAAAAGACAUAAGUAACGAUUCCAUACGAGUUGUCCACGACUACCUUCAACAUGCCAGACAAGAGCUUCCGCAGCAUACCGAGAACAUUGCCGAGGUAUGAAUUCUGUUUAUUGGGACCUAUGUUUCAGGAAGUGUGGAGUUACCAAUCAAGCGUUGAGCAGAUCCUACAGAAGCACUCCCGGAUUAGACCAAUCACUCCACAAGACGUGGAACAUGCAAAGAAAAACUUGAAGCUGAAGCAACUGUCUUAUGGGAAUCAGCUUCUUAACGAUUUCUGCAACUUUGCUUUACUUUCCUCUACCUUCUUUCUUAGAAAGUAGGAUAGAGUAGCGCCUUCUUAAUUUAUUUGUAGACAGAAGCGACGAAACUUCCCCAAAAAGGCUACCAAAAUCCUGAACCAAUAUUUUGAAGAGCACAUGGACGAGCCUUAUCCGAGUGAAACCACAAAACAAGAGCUGGCCGACUUGUGCGGGGUUACGGUAGGACAGGUAAACUUUUAUAAAAACAUCAUGAGUUCCAAAAAUGCAUUUUAGGUGUCGAAUUGGUUUGGAAACAAGAGAAUUCGUUUCAAAAAAGCACUGGAAAAGCGAGAACGAGUGGAAUUUCAUCAAUGA